AUGCUUGCGAAAUACUUGGCUGUGUUGUCGGUUGCAGCGAUUGCGCAUGGUCGCGUUGUCGUUGUUAAGGACAGACAGGCUGUUGCGCCGGUGUUUGAUGGCAGAGUGAAGGCGGCUGCGACCGCGGCAGACUUUGACACGGCAGCUUCGCCUUUCGGAAAGGAUAACGUCAAAGGGCAGAACUUGACAUUCAGCCAGCUCAUCGCAUUUCCGGAUGUUCCGGCAUCGCUCUUUGACGCUGGAGUUGGCGCAAAGGCAAUUGAGGUGCAGAUCAACGAUCAAUCCAUCUUCGUCCCAGGUGGCGUGGCCGCCAAUGCGCAAACCGCCGUCCGCCGCACCGAGUUGAACCCCAACGGCGGCGGCAACACAACCAUCGGUAUAAAGACACUACACGUAUCACUCCAACCCAGCGCCACGAACCCCCUCAACACCAGCCACGAGUACCUGCUCACCUUCCUCGAGCGCGCAGACUUCAGCGCAAACUUGUUCGUGAUCCGCACCGGCACACUCCUCGGCAGCGACGGUAGCACAAAGAACGAUCUCGUCAUCCAGGGUAAUACCGGAGCGGGAACCAAGACGCUCUUCACCACCCCCUUUACUGCCGGCGUGUGGACAAACCUCGCGCUUCAACUGGAUUUCACCGCCAACACCCUUCAAGUUUUCCAGUCGUCGGGCAAUGACGCUCUUGUAAAGGCUACGGAACCCUUGGCUAAUGACCUUUCCGGCAACGGCGAGUUCCACUUUGGCGUCAACAAGAACCCCACGGAUGCUGGUGCCGAUGUGCUGAGGUCUGGAUUCCAGGAGAGCGGUAUCUUGGAAGGUGUGGUCUAUGGCGGUAUUUUCAUCGAGGAUUCCGCUAGUGGUACCGUCACCCUUUCUUAG